ACGUAAGAUAUAAAAAGCCAUUCUAUAAGAAAAUAAUUUACGCAAUACGAUUUAAACAAAACGUUGCAUGCAUGCAAGAUCAUUGGUCAUAACCCCCGGAUCAGAAUAUGGACCUCAUUUCAAUAGUGAGUGGACAAUUUUUCAGGGAAAUUACAGUUUCGUAUUUGGAUUACUGAUGAUACCUACUAGUAUUCCACGGCGGGAUAUCUCUAUCUAUAUAUGUGUACAAUAUGGCGAACUGCGCAUCAUUUCGACAGAUGAGACAAAGUAUGGGAACAUAUUAUGAUGAAAGUGAAAUUCAGAACAUGAGAGAGUGGCAUUAUGUUUCACCGGCGCACGUAGACAAAUACUGGAGGGAAAGGCAUCAUCCGAGAUCCUUAGGACAGGAUGGCUACAGGGUAACGGCCAUCGAAAAAUUCUGGAAUGGUUUAAAAAGGUCAGCGACCCUGACGUGGACGUCAUCAAUGACGCUAUUACACAGAUACCGUGGGAUACUUUGGGCAAUCUUCUGCAUCCUCACGGCGACAUCGUGUUCCCUCUGUGUGAAGCUUCUGACCGGAAGUGUUCCUCCAAGCCAGUUAAUCUUCUUCCGAGGCAUCUUCCAGAUUCUCUUCGCCGCACCUUGUAUCGUGUUUUUCAAACAUCCUUUGCGAUAUCCGCCAAAGUCGGUUAUGCUGAUCACGGUACGAGGGAUAAUCGGGACGUUCUUAUCCUUCUUGUGUUACUAUUCCUACCAGGCAAUUCCUGUGGCCACAGCUAAAGCUCUGAUAUACAGCUCCCCAGUCUUAGUAGCCAUCUUUGCAGGGGUGUUCCUCAAGGAGAAAUGCUCGCUAGGGACAACAUUCUUCUCUUUCUUAACAGUUGUAUCGGUUGUUCUUGUCGUUCAACCGCCGUUUAUUUUUGGAAGCAGAGGAGACACUGCGUCCUCUAUAGUCGGUUUGAUGUGCUCCUCCGCUGGGGCUUUCACCGUGGCCGUCAACGUCAUCAUCCUCCGUUACAUACAGAUGCGUCGAAUCAACGCCCACGUCAUCGUGUUUGCAUAUGGUGUCAUUGCCGCAGUUUGCUGUGCCAUCUUUCCAGCUACCGGUCUCGAGAGAUGGACAAACCCAGGGUGUUCUUCAAAGCGUCGUAUCAUCAUCCUCAUGUGUCUUUCAGGAUUUCUUGAGCAGGUUUCAGGUACCCUUGCUCUUAAAACUGAGAAAGCUUCAGUGAUCUCCGUCUUACGGGGCAACGAUGUCAUUGUGUCUUUUGUCUUCGAGUUCUUCAUUUUCCAUACCUUGCCCGGAGCGUGGACUGUCGUCGGUAUAUUUGGCGUUGUAGGGAGUGCCAUUGGUAUGACAGUUUCUUCUCACUUUGCAAGCGAAAGAGACAAGAAGAGAGAAACAAAGGAUAAACAUCAUACGAUAUCAGACACCAACUAUCAUGAUUGUGAUACAAAAAUGGAAGUUUAAUAAC